GCAUAGCUGGGGAACUGGACUGCGACUGUCAGGCCGUAUGAAUAAACACUUUUGUAUUGCAUUUGAAUUUCAUAACACAUUCAUUGAGUGAUAAUUGAUUGACAAACACUUCGCCACGAAAUCUAAUCAUGAAUGUCGUGACAAUUGCCUCCAUUUCCCUACUGUUCCUAUGGAUGAGCGCAUCCACGCAAUCGGCUCUCUGUCCCGACCAGAAGACCCAAUGCGGCGAUGAUAUGACGUGUUGUAAGUGGUCUUCAGGCAACUAUGGCUGCUGUCCGCUGGCAUCGGCUCAGUGUUGCGCCGAUGGUCUCCACUGCUGUCCAAAUGGGACCAAAUGUAACGAUAAAGAGGGCACUUGUGAUGAACUAACCGCUCAAACGCCACAACGACUGCCACUAAUGGUAGGCCAACAGUCCUCUGGUGUCUGUCCCGAUAAGAACCAGACGUGUCUGCAGUACGAGACGUGUUGUAAAGAGAAAAGCGGUUCCUAUGGCUGCUGUCCAUAUCAAUCAGGUGUCUGUUGCAGUGAUCUCCUGCACUGUUGCCCUCACGGCACCCGAUGUGACCUCAUCCACAAGGAGUGCGUCCGCGCAGAGGUCAACAUAAUGGGCACCACAGACACCGACAACAGUCUGACCACAAGAAUGCGUUUAAUAGGCUUCGAGGCGACGAAUGUGACGCGAGUGGUGUGUCCGGGCAGUCGGUACACCUGUCCCGACAACAACACCUGCUGUCACAUAAGUGCCUCGCAGUGGGGCUGUUGUCCACUCCUGAACGCCGUGUGCUGUCGGGAUGGCAUACAUUGCUGUCCGUCCGGCACCGCGUGUACGACAACCGGUUGUCAAUGAGUGAGAAAAAUAGACUUUUAAUCUCGAAAAAUAUGUAUCAGUUUUGACCGCAAAAAAUACACCGAUUCUCUAGUGGUUAGACAAUGAGCUCUAAUAACCAGACACUCAUAUAUCAGUCAAAGUAUAAUAUACUGUAUAUUUGAUUACAAAAUAGUUUUGCUUUUCUCAACAUUUUAUACAAUAAUAAGUUAUAUAUUAAUUGUAAUAUUAAUAACGAGUAGUGUUUAGCGAAUAAUUGCCAUUCAAUUAUCAAUUAUUCAAAUCGAUUUCAACAAAAGACUUUUCGAUACGAUUAGCGUUUGUAUCGUUAACUGAGUUGCCAUUAGUAGUGUCGUCGGCGGUCACCUCUUCGCUAUCACCGGCGAGAAGUGGGCCGUCCGUUGAGUCUAUAAAUGCUUGAGUAGUGGCCGUCGAUUCCUCCGCGGCGACAGAACUGUCGUCUUCGGUGGUGUUGAGCGACGACGACGACGACUGGCCUAACAGUGGAGAUCGGGAGGCGAGCGAUGUGUUUGGCGACAGACUGUCCAUCACUUGCCUAUCACUGACUUCUUCUGUGUCUAAUGGAUCCAAUUGUGGCACUUCUUCGCACGACUCGCCAUUAUCUACACAAUAAUUGAUACACUGAUUAAUCGAUUGUAACAAACAAAUAGCAAAUAAUUCGCAAAUAAAAACCACUUUUUAAUUACCA